UCGGGGCCGCUAUUCUCCUCCUCGUGCAAGCGUCCUAGCGCUUCGGGCUGCCCGUGCCCGGCGCGUAUUCACUUCCUUGCCAGAGAAGUUUGCCCAGGUCAAGUGCCCGGUUCCGCCGCCGUGGGAGCCGGGUUCCACCGGCCCGGGGACAAUUUUACCAGGCGGCCGAGGAGAGCGACUCCCUGCUCUGGCCCCCCACUUGCCCUGCAGCGCCAGGCGCCCGUUGCCCGAGGUGCAGGAGCCUGAGCCAAGCCCCUGGCUGCACCCGCUGUGGGGGGGCAUCAGUCUUAGCUUUCCCGGCACGUCUGGGGGCGGGGCCCUUCUCGGGGCGAGGCUACUCCUGGCUGCGCUAACUUCUCCCGCAGUUCAAAGUGCACCUGCUGCGGCGGCUCCUUCCCGGCUCCCCGCCCUGCCCACACCGGACUAUGGAAGCGCUGCUCAUGCUGGUGCACCUCGUGGCUGCAGCUACAUUGGAAAUCAAGACCAGCCCUUCCCCAGUAUUCUGUUUGGUGGACAAACAUAUUGAGUUGCAUUGUAAUUUUACAAUCUGGAAGAGUGUUAAAUUGGAGGAUGUGGCAGUGAAAUGGACCAUAAACAAUGAAUUUGGAGAGAAGACUGUAUACCAGUUUGAUGGAAAGCAUACGUUAUAUCACCGGAAUGGGGCCUUGGUGAAUCCUCAAUUACUAACCCAGGGCAGCGCAUCACUGAACCUGCAUAAUGUGACAUUAGAUGACGAAGGGAUCUACACAUGCACUGUUUUAAUAACCCCGCAAUACGGAAGUGGGACAAUCCAGCUCCAAGUAAGAGCUCAGCCUACAGUGUUGCUGUCACCCCAAAACCCCGAAAUUACAGCAGGGGGAGAGAAAACCUUUUCCUGUGAUGUUCAUCAAUUUUACCCUCAAGAAAUUGACAUCUCCUGGCUGGUUAGGAAGUAUGGCAGUAAACACGAGAGGCCUUUGAUGCAGGAUAUCUGCACGGGAGUCCCACUGGCUCAUGAUAAAAAGGGCAUGUUCACCGUGCUGAGUCGGGUGACGCGAGAGGUGUCUGAAGAGGAUGAUGGAUCCCUGUACAUCUGUGAAGUCCGACAUGAAUCCCUGGAAAAGCCGCUGAGAGGAAAUACAACCAUAUUUGUCACGACCCCAAAGCAGUAUCAUCGGGAUAUUGGGUUCAUUGUUGGAGUGGCUGCUGCUUGUAUUGUGAUAACUGGAGCGUGUAGUAUAUUUUUGACCAUAUUCUAUCAGGAACAACUUAUGAAAGUGCCACCUCAGGUUUCCUUGAUUAACAAACCAGAUGUGAUCCCGAUUAAUGAGAAGCUGAAGCUGAUGUGCAACAUAAAUGGGUUUAGACCAAAAGCGAUUAGUGUGAAAUGGUACCGGAGAACCCCCCAAAUGGCAUCAAGUGAAGCUCCUGGAGAAGCCUCUUUUCUUCUGGGUCCGAGAGACGAUAUUACAGACAAGGCAAGGCAGCCUUUGGAAACCAAUGGCAAGUUCUUCAGUGUUCCAUCCUGUCUGACCUACACACCCACCAUCCGGGAUGAUGGGGCAGUGUUUGAAUGCAGCGUUGAGCACAGCGCAUUGAAAAAUGUCAUAUGGAUGAGCACCACGCUGAGUGUCACAGCUCGGCCGACAAGUCUCUACAUCACUAGCUGGCCUCAGGCUCCCACGGUAGGAGAGAAGCUCAUUCUGAGCUGCGUAGUAGAGAAAUUUUACCCGAAGGAUAUCACUUUGACUUGGUUUCGAAAUGGACAACUGGUUAGCGAUGUGACACAGUUUGGACCUUUCCCUUGUGAAAUUGACUAUUUCAGUGUCUGGAGCCAGACUGAGUUUAUACUGACCAAUGAGGAGGAAGGGGCAGUUUAUAUCUGUCAGAUAAAACACAGCAGCUUUGGAAAUAUAGAAGAACUCUUCUAUGAAGUUAACUUGCAAGGGACACCCCCUGAAGUUCUCUGGAUCACCACAGACCCCUCCAUUCCUGUGGUGGGAGAGGAGCUGAGGCUGAACUGCAGGAUCAAUAACUUCUCCCCUAACGUGAUCACUGUGAACUGGUUCCGAGAUGGGCAGCUCCUGCAAGCGGGAGUCUGCCAUUCAGUCUCCAUAAUGGGGGCCAAUGGUUUGCACUCCAUCUGGAGCGUUUUGAGAGUCACGCCUGGAAGGGAAGAGGAAGGAGCAGUGUUUACGUGUCGGGUGACACAUGCUGCUUUAAGGGACUCUGUAGAAAGAUCAUACACUCUGCAGCUGCCUGCGGCGGCCCCUGCGCCCGGCCGCAGUCGGGUCCAGCUGGGUGGCUGUCGGGCUAUGGCAGCGGUCGGAGCCCUAGUGAAGAAAGUGUGGAGUAUCCGCCGGUUCCUGGUGUUACUCUUCACCCCGCUGGUGCUGCUGCCCAUCAUCAUCAGCCUGCCCCCCAAGGCCAAGGCUCUGUGGAAAGGCUGCGGGAAGCUGCGCCCAUGCCCGGCUCCAAGUGCCCCUCUCCAGCCCGUCAGCACUCGCCGCACGCUGGCACCCCCGCCCUGGUACAGAAGCGUGUUUUCCAGACCCUUUCCUGUCAAGACACUGGGGACAUUGGGGCUGGCUUCUAUGCUGGUCUGA